AUGACUUAUAAUUUACAUCCAAUAUCAUAUUUAGAUGCCGAUACGAAUGGAGGAGGAGCUAGAAAUAAUCAGGCAGCUGGUAAUGGACAUGUACAUUUACAUGACGCCGGGCAUGAACAUGGAAAUGGGUACAGAAUGUUUGAUUCUGACCUCAAUUUAGAUAUAGAUGGUAUUUCGACGGGAUCACCACUUACGAGCUCGCAGAGCACAAACGACUCACCCCAGUCGUCAUUUACGUCACAAUCGUGCGAAAACUCGCCGCACCAGAAGGGUGAUUACUUGAAGUUUUUUGGGGAAGGAGUUAAGGAUGGACGUGGGUUGGGGUUUGACCAGGACAGCUAUGAUGUUCCCACGAUGAGAAUUGAAGAUGAUGGGGGAGUAGAGUCCAAAAUAACGGGCGAAUAUGAAAGAAGUGGGGCUGACAGAGACGAUGGAAGUGUCAAACCAAAGAAGAUCUACCGCAAGGUGAAGGAUGAGGAUAUGAAGGGCCCGUUUAGAUGUCAUUGGAACGACUGUGCUAUUAUUUUCGAUACGCCCGAGUUGUUAUACGACCACUUGUGUGAUGAUCAUGUAGGGAGAAAAUCGUCCAAUAACUUGUCAUUGACAUGCUAUUGGGACAAUUGUUUGGUUACGACGGUGAAGAGGGACCAUAUCACGUCGCAUUUGAGGGUGCAUGUUCCACUCAAGCCAUUCCAUUGCAAUGUGUGUCCUAAGUCUUUCAAGAGACCUCAGGAUUUGAAGAAACACUCAAAAAUACAUGCCGAUGACCAUCCAAAAAAGUUAAAAAAGGCACACCGUAGACAGCAAGAUGAACAAGAACAGGAAACCCGCCAACCAAACUUUCACAAUCCUACUCACUCACAGCCACAACUGCAAUCACACCAAUAUCAAAACAUGCAACCUUAUCCUUUUGACAACAUGUUGAAUUACGACAUAAAUUACCAGAUGUAUCCUUCAAUGCAACCAGACUUGUCAAUGGUGAACGAUGGUGCUGAGCGUAAGAGAAGAUUUGAAAGUGGGAACAGUAACAUGGUCAAUAAUAUUUUGAAUGACUUUAAUUUCCAUAAUAUCUCAACUAUGGCUCCGGAUUACAGUAACAAGAAGGUGAAGGUUGAGCCAAACUACAAUUUGGAUAUGUUUAAUAAAUUGAACAGCUUUGACGAUCGUUAUAUGCAAUCAAAUCCAUAUCAACAACAAGUACAAUCACAACCACAACCACAUCACCAGCAACAACAACCACAUCAACAGCAACAACAACCACAUCAACAGCAACAACAACCACAUCAACAGCAACAACAACCACAACAUCAACAGCAACCACAACAUCAACAUAAUACACAUACACAACAUCAACAAUACCCCAGCAACAUUAACUCACAAAACUUACUUGAAGCAGAAAAGUUUUUCAAUUCAUUAUCUUCCUCGAUCGAUUUACAAUAUCAAAAAUUAUCAACAAAUUAUCAAUACAAACCACAACCACAACAAUUAUAUCCUUCUGUUCCACAGAUUUCUAAGACAAAUGAUAAUAUCAUGAGUGGCCAUAAUGUAGGAGUGCCACCUAAUUUCCCACAAGUCAAUAGAUCAUUCAACUACCAAGCUAAUCAUCCAGUAUCCAUGGAAUUCGGUGGUGUCAGCAAUUUUCAAAAGUCGGCCAAACCACUCAAUGAAGCUUCUUCUGAAGAUAAAGAAACAGAUGACGCCAUCGAAUCACUUAGUAAAUUAUCAAUUAAUGAAUUUAAAUUGGACGAUGUUGCAAAACAUAAACAAAUGGUUGAUUCGGUUAUAGCUUACUUAGACAACUUGAAGAUGACAUUAGAAGCAAAUAAAGAGAUUGAAAAGAAAUUGUCUCCUAAGGACUCUUGUCUGUCCUCCCAGUUAUCUGACAAAGAAAAUUUGCUGAGGAGUUUAUACCCAAAGAUUGCUUCAUUUUAA